AUGGCCCCUCGGCUGCCGGCCCACUGCUGGCGGCAACUCGCCCUGCGGCCGGCCACAACGACUUCCACCCCCACCACGACCACCACCACCGUCCUCUCCCAAUCCUCUCUCCUCCGCCGCUCACCCGACUACUCCGAAACCACACCGAAUCCGACCCCCCUCUCCUACACACAAACCCGCACGGUGAGCAGCGGCUGGUCAACCCUCCCCGCGCGCGCCAAGCCCCACCGUUUCAACCAAACAACCUCUGGACUCCCCGCACCUACGACAGGGCCCGCCGCGGCGCUCAAGCGCAAGGAGCUCACCACCCCAGUGCGAACAGGCGUGCUAGCCAUCAAGAAGGGCAUGACAGUGUUCAUGGGCAAGCGUGGCGGGCGCAUCGGGUGCACAGUGUUGCAAAUGGACCGAGUCCAAACAGUGCUCAACAAGAACCGGCGGGAUCACGGGUACUGGGCGGUGCAGGUGGGCAUGGGCGAGCGGCUGGCGGGGAAUGUGGGCGCGCCGAUGCUGGGGUACUACGAGGCGAAAGGGAUUGCGCCCAAGGAGCGGCUGGCGGAGUUCCGGGUGCGUGGGAAGGAAGGGUUGUUGCCGAUAGGCGUGCAGCUGAUGCCGGAUUGGUUCUAUGUUGGGCAGCGCGUGGAUGUGCGCAGUAAUUCGCGCGGGCAGGGGUUUGCGGGUGGGAUGAAGAGGCAUGGGUUUAGUGGCCAGGGCGCGAGUCACGGUAAUUCGAAGAAUCACCGGACGCCUGGUUCGGUGGGUCCUAGCCAGGGUAGUGGGUCGCGUGUGCUGCCGGGGAAGAAGAUGCCUGGGCGGAUGGGCAACGAGCAGGUGACGAUUCAGAACUUGCCGAUUUUGCUGGUGGACAACGACCUGGGGCUUAUUGUGGUCAAGGGGUGCGUGGCUGGGCCCAAGGGGACCAUCGUCAAGGUGCAGGACGCGUGCAAGAAGGAACCGCCGGCGCAGUCGUGGAUCGACGGAACACGGCGGGUGCUGGAGGAGCGGUUCCCCCAUGCCGAGGCGCAUUUGCAGGCCGCGCGGGAGCGCCAUCUUGAACUCAAGGAGGCGCGCCAGGAGAAGAGGAUAGAGGAGCUCUUAAAGGAGGGUGUGCCGGGGCCGGAGGAAACGGCCGAGGCGAUCGAGGAGUUGCUGGCUGAGUAUGAGGACGAAGCGGCAGCCCGUAAGAAAAUCGCAAGACAAAAGGAGGCAAAACAAGAGGUGGCAUGA